GACGCCGCGCCGACCGGAACGUUAAUUGAUUUGAGGAGAUUUACCUGAAGAAAUCAAGUAUCAGGAGGUAGUAACAGCCAUGUUCUUGUUUAAAGGUUAAGAAGGAGUGAUAAGAGAUAUUCUUUGAAGAAGUGACCUUGCCUCAUUGACUUGCUUCCGCCCGUUUAGUUUCCGUUCCCGCCUGUCGAUCGAGCUGUCCUGCGCUUGGUCUUGGCCUUGGAGAGCCGAGGGAACCACCCAUCUUGUCCUGUCGCGAUCCCGAGGUUUCGGCGUGAUCGCAUACCACGGUACCGUGUGAUUCCCGCUGGGCGAUAUUGUGAUUGUUGGAAUCGGGAAGAGAAUGGUGUUCGAGGUGGUCCUGAAUCAUGUCUACAAAUUUCCACUGGAUCUUGUGAUCCACACUCAUUUAACUAAGUAUCCUAACAAAAAGAUGGAUGUCCUGGAAGUAAGACUAGAGGAAUAUCGUCAUGAUAGGAAGGAUGACGUGGAGUACUGGAAGAGAGUGAUGGUCUGCAGGAAUAUUAUGCCAUCAAUCCUCAAAAGGAUACCGGUUUUCAAUAAAGAUGCGAUCCUCUUGGGCGAAGAAUGCUGGUUUGACCACAAGAAGGAGACGCUGACGAUAAAGAGCAGGAAUAUAACAUGGUAUGAAUACGCCCAGGCUUGGGAGGAGUCGGAACUGCAGAGAAGCAAGGAUUCUAGACAUUGGACAGUGAUGUCUCAGAGAGGAGGCAUUGACGUCAGGGUGUUUGGUGCCUUGGGUAAUUUGGUUGAACUCUUUCUACAAGGUGCGGCCAAGAGGAACGGAAUAAGGGUGAGGCUUGGCUAUCAAACACAUGGAGGACCUAAUGAUAGCAAGGAGCAGAACUAAGGACGCAGGAAAUAUAGCGGCAUCUUGAUUGCGUAACAGGAAACGGAAAGUGCAAUAGAAAAAUAACUUCCAUCAGCCAGCUCAGGAUCUUAAGGGUAUACAUUUUGUGUGAUCAAAUUUUUACUGCAGUGCCAUGCGAAAAACAUUAGAAAUAGCGAAUUCAUAAAUUAAUUGUUAAAAAAAAAAGCUCUUGUAUGAAAGUGCUCAGGGUUUUAAGGGUAUAACUUUUGUGAUCAAAUAUUUACUGCAGUGCCAUGCAAACAUACAUUAGAAAUAGAGAAUUCAUAAAUUAAUCGUUGAAAAUAGCUCAUAGAUGAAAGUGUUAAAAAAACUGCUGUACACAUAAUUUUUUAAAGAGCACCGUUACACUUUGUGUUAAUAUUUUUUAACAAAUUUUAUUCCUCUAGAUCGAGGAGGGGAGGGAUGUAUCAGUAUGUUUGUGUUAUUACAUUUUUUUAAGUUUCUUUUUUUUUACGAGUAUGUAACUUUUUGAUGAGUUUAAGUAAAUUUUCAUACUUAGUAAGAUUCUUUAUGACUUCCUACAGUCGAAUUUUACCUAUGGCGGAUUUACAGCGAUUCGAAAACAGCCAUUUUUCAAAUCAAUGUUAAAAAUCAUUUUAUUCAGAUCAAUGUUAAAACUGCCAUUUUCGACUUGCUGUACGGCCAAAGUAGAACAAAUGUGUUUUAGUACAUUUAAAUCACCCUUUUUGGGAGAAGCUGGAAUGAAAAAAUUUAGAGCUUUAUAGAGUGAAUAAUCAUUAUUUUGCAUGAUAGCUGUUCAGACUUGUAACAUUCAUAUUUGAAAGGUAGCAAAUUACAAUGGUUCAUGAUUAAAGCAUGAAAAUUACCAAAUUACCCAAAUUUUGAGAUCUUUCUUCCAUGACAUGUAUUACUCAUUAGAAGAAACGAUUUUUAAAGUCGUGAAUGAUUUUAUUCAUUCAGGAGUGGCUUGAGCACCUUACAGGGUACGUGUGAUAUAAAAUUCCUAUAUUAAUAUUUUUUAAUGUAUGUAUGAAUAAUUAGAAGAAACAUACGGGCGAUAUACUGUACAGCUAUGUCUCGACCAUUUUUAAGAUUGUGAAUGAUUUUAUUUGUGAUAGUGUAAUCAAGAACUUCCAUUUUGUACAAAGUAAUGUUUUUAAAGCCUGUAUCUAUAUAUCAUUCAUUUGAGAGUUAAAUUCAUUUUGUAAAAAAAAAAAUGAAAG